AUGGAGGCGGUGCAAAUCACCAUCGCCGCCUCCAGCACCUCUUGCACUCUCGAGAGAGGCACGGUGGCCGGAGGCUCGCUCUUGGGCAGCCGACCCGUCGAAGAGACUGGCAAGGGCUCUGCCACUUCCAUGGGGGCCGUGCGUGCGCCCAUGAUGCCGUCGCCACCAGACAUUACGGUCCUGGCCGGCCUGGCCUCCUCCCCGAAGUUUGGUGGCAGGGGAGGGGUGAUCACAGCGCCUUCCGGAGGUGCCGCCGACGAAUGGGAUGGUCCGGCGAUCGCCACGGGGCGUGCUGACCCUUGGCGCCCCCCGGAGGUGCCGGAGGGCAUCGCCGGUGAAGCUUUGCCUCCCGACGACGCGUUUCGACGCCCCCCGGAGGUGCCGGAGGGUGUCGCCGGUGAAGCUUUGCCUCCCAAUGGCUCGUCUUGGCGUCCCGCACUCCUACACGCUGAACAAAGAAUUGAAAGAUUAGAACUCAAACAACAAGGAUCCAUGGGGGUGGCGCGCCUUGCGCAAAACCCUAAUCUCGAGCUUGGAAGCUGCCACCGGAGACAAAUCCGCUUCGGCGACAAGGGGUGGCUGGAGGAUGCACCGGCACCCCUCGUGGUCGAGCAUCCCUGCCCCGCGUCUCUCGGAGGCGGCGGCGGAGACCUCGGCGAUGACGACGACAAAGGGAUGUCCACCACAGGGGAGAGCGACCACGCACGCUUCCCCUGCGGGUCCGAUGCAGCCUCCAGGUCGCGGACGGGACGGUGCCCCAAUAGGCUGGCAGGAACAUCGGGCGCCGCCGCGAUCACCUCGCCAUGGCCUGGAGCUCCGGCCGCCACCCCCCGUGCGGCGGCGGAGGCAUGCCCCUGA